AUGCGUGGGCUUGCAUUCCUCUCGUGCCUUGGCGCACUGCUUGCUGCCACCGUGUCGGCGGCCAGCAUCGAUGCCGGACAGAUCCACAUGGGCGUUGGCGCUCGCACCAACUCUCGCUACGCGCCCUCGCACCCGGGCAGCUACCUCGAGACCGACGAUGCACGCGCUGCUGCUGCGGGCAGUGCACAGGCGCAGCUGGAUGCGCUGCUCACGUCGUCGUCGGGUCUCGGCGGCCCUGCGCGCGUCGAGCUUCCGCUGGACGCCAUCUCGACGGCUGCGUUCGGUUCGGCCAAGGCCGAGCAGAUCAUCGCGUCGCAGAAGGGCGAGUUCACGGUGCUGACGCAUCGCGACUUCCCCUCGGUGGCGGUGCGAAUCAAGCAGCUCUACGCGCCUCCGCCCGUGUCGGAGCUCAAGGGCCACGACGUCGACCCGGACGCGUUCUGCGACCCGACCGUCACGUCGUGGUCCGGAUACAUCGACACGGCCUACGGCGGCAAGUCGCUGUGGUUCUACUUUUUCGAGUCGCGUUCGGACCCAGCCAAGGACCCCGUGAUCCUCUGGACCAACGGCGGACCCGGUUGCUCGUCGUCGCUCGGCCUGUUUAUGGAGCUUGGUCCGUGCCGCAUCCCCGAGAACGGAGGCAAGCUCUCGCCCGGCCCACCGAUCAACGGCACGCGCUGGCAUCCGCAGUCGUGGACCAACCGCGCCAACGUGUUUUUCAUCGACCAGCCCGUCGGUGUCGGCUACUCCUACUCCAAGACCGACCAGAAGGUGUACACGACCGAAGAGGCUGCUCGCGACGUCUACGCCUUCCUGCGCGUCUUCUUCUCGGCAUUUGACCGCUUCCGAUCCAACGACUUUUACAUGGCUGGCGAGUCGUACGGUGGCCGUUACAUCCCCAUCUUUGCGUCGGAAGUGGCGGAUCGCAACCACGAGAUCGAGCGCGCGGCGCUCAAGGCGGGCAAGAAACCCAGCCGCGACGAACUGAUCAACCUCAAGGGCGUCCUGAUCGGCAACGGCCUCACCGACGUUAGCAAGCAGAUGUCGGGCUACUACGACAUGACGUGCACGCGCCGUGGCGGUGUCGCGCCCAUCCUCAGCAUCGACACGUGCAAACGUAUGGCCAACUGGGUCCCCAAGUGUCGCAAGCUACUAGCAGAGCACUGCGUCGACGCAUAUAACCCAAGCGCCUGCGACAUGUGGACGGACAAGUGCAUUCAGGAGAUCCAGGCACCCUACUUCUACACUGGACAGAACCCGUACAACAUUAAGGACGAUUGCAAAUCCGGUCUCUCACCCAACCUCUGCUACGAUGUCACGGAUGAUAUUCGCAAGUACCUCGACCGUGACGAUGUGCGCGAACUUGUGGGUGCGGCACCCAAAGAGCAGAUCGGCAAGUUUGCCAGCUGCAGUGAUGACGUCAGUGAUGGCUUCAACAGGAUGCUUGAUUCGAUUCAUGACAACGGAUACAACGUUGCGGCUCUGCUUGAGCGAGGCCUGCGCGCGCUGGUAUACGUCGGAACGCUUGACUGGAUCUGCAACCACAACGGCAACUACGAGUGGGUCAAGACGCUCGACUGGAGCGCCAACGCCCACUUCCAAUCCGCCAAGAACUACGAAUGGGUUGUGGAUGGCAAGGAAGCGGGCCGAACACAGAGUGGCGGAGGUCUUACCUGGGCUACCGUGUACGAGGCUGGCCACAUGGUGCCCUACGACCAGCCCGACGCCGCCCUUGCCAUGCUCAACCGCUGGCUCGACGGCCAAGACCUCUAA